CCUGGAUUUUAUUCACACAAUUAGCCAGUAUAGAAGCUGGUAAUGUUGUGCCUGUGAUGCUUUGGUCUGGUACUUCUUCCAGUAGCCUUAUCAAUCCUCUGCACAAAACCUCGAGGCCUGAAUUUGAAGGAAUAUUAGCUGAACGUUUGGGCAAGGGGGGACAACCACCCAUAAUUGUCUUUGUGAAAGACAAUUUCUGCGUCGAAGAUAUUAAAUAUCAUCAGCAGAGUCUACAAUUAAAUAAUGCCGGUUCACUUACCUACUUAACAUCUGUCGAAUCAGCUUUAUCAGUUUUUGAAAAUUUAUCCUCUUAUAAUAUAACAACCGAAGAUAAUCUUGAAUCAGUUGCCGAAGGCCAAUUAGCUUUAAUACAAUUAAAUGAUCUUAAUGCCAUUCCUGAAAUAUAUAAUAUUGUAAGAGAAUCAAGUCCAAAUUUAGUAGUCGCUCUUACUGGAAAAUCUUGCAGUUAUGGAACCUUAGAACGAAUUAAAAGGGCAUCUGAUAAUUCAAAUAAUACAACAAACUUUAUUGUAAAUACUGAAGACAUAUUAUUUUACGCUCAAAAGAAUCCCAUGAUCAAGUUCAACAAGGAAGAUUAUGUACAAUUAGAUUAUCCAACGUAUAUAAUCUCACAAAAAGACAAUAAACACUAUAAUUUAACGAUGGUUUUUAAGGGUGUUAGUCCUAAUAAUCCGCAGAAAAUUAGUCUUAAAGCUCAAUUCAAUAUCACUAAUGGUUACUUUAGAUUUCUUGGGUUUCAAUAUGAACCUAAUGGAAAUAAUAUAAAAUAUUAUUUGAAAAGUACAAGUGAUAUCUAUUUUCCAUUUAACUUCUCUUAUCAUUGCUCUAAAGAAAGUAUUUUUAGUUAUAAAAAUAAAGAAACGAAAGAAGAAAUUGCAUUGAAAUUAGUGAAUUUGCAAGUUCAAAUGGAUGUGAAAAAAUUUGGCGAUGUUUAUGAUUGCAUUGGCUUUAUGAGCAUACCCAUUUGGACUGGAAUUUUUGUUACCUCUAUUUUAGCAAUAAUUAUGAUUUGGGGUCUUACUAUGAUUAUGGACAUACGUACAAUGGAUCGGUUCGAUGAUCCUAAAGGCAAAACUAUUACAAUAUCUGCUCAGGAAUAAGAAUAUCGAUAUAUUUAAAUUUGUAAAUAAAUGCCAUUUUUAAGUAUAUAAGCUAUAAUUGUAGAUG